AAGAUGAGACCCCUGUGUGGGAGGUAAAGUGUAGGAAGGGAAGAGAAUGGCCAAGCGAAGGGGAGUGAGCUGGUCCCAUCCCUGGGUUUUGCUUCCUCACUCAGAGGUGGUGUUGCUGUGUGGCUAAAAAAAACCAUGACCCUACUGAGUGAGGUGCAGGCUUACUGUCCCAGCGCUUGGGAGCUUGAGGGAGGAAGACUGUAACAAGUUUGAGGACAGCCUGAACUAGGUAGAGAGUUCCAGGUCAGCCAGGAUUACUUGGCAAGACUGUCUCCAUCAGGCAAAGGAGCCUAGGAGGAAUGGAAGGUCUGAGCCAGACCAAACCGGAGCAGGUUUGAAUCCCUACUCAGGUGCUCACUAGCUGUGUGACCUAGGUUCUUUCUCUAACCUUUCUUUGCCUCAGUUUCCACAUCCGUAAAAGGAAGAUAAUCAUAGUGCGCUACCUCACGGAGUUAUUUAGAGACUGACUGAGGGAACAGAUUCAGCACUAACGAGGUGCAGCCCUGAGACACCGUCUGGCCCGAAUUAAACACUUUAUAUUUGUGUGUUAUUCUUAGCUACAGCGUGAAGUCCUGGGCCAGGUCAGUGGUUCCCAGCUUUUCCUUCCCUCGCUACCCACCAGUGAGCCAGGUCUCACCAUGACAGAAACUGUAAACCCAGUUUUUCUGAGAAGAAUCUUUACCUGUUUGGGGUCUGUGUUCUACAUGUUGGAUUUAGAGUACUUUUAGUUGAGUUAUUGGAAUGAUUGUUGGGAGAUAGAGAAGAAUAAUAGCAAACACGACUGGGUGGUGGAGGUGCACGCCUUUAAUCCCAACACUCAGGAGGCAGAGGCAGGUGGAUCUCUGUGAGUUUGAGGCCAGCCUGGCCUACAAGUUCCAGGACAGGCUCUAAAGCUACUGAGAAACCAUCUUGGGGGGAAAAAAAAAAGAAUACUAGCAAACUUGAGUUGGGCAGUGGUGGUGCACGCCUUUAAUUCUAGUAUUCGCAAGGCAGAGGCAGGUGCAUCUCUGUGAGUUCAAGGCUAGUUUGGUCUACAGAGUGAGUUUCAGGACAGCCAGGGCCACACAGAGAAACCGUCUCAAAAAAAAAAAAAAAAAAAAACAACCAAAAACAAAGUAAACAAACAAACAAAAAUAGCAGACUGCAUCAGGUGGGUUCUCAGUACUCUGUUAACAUCAAAUCAUCUUUGAGCCUGGUUUCCCCCUAAACACCCAUACCUGUGGCUUCCAUGACCAGACCAGGUGGACAGUGGGAUUGGUCAGAGGAGGGAGGAACUUUGAAGGGUGACAUGGGGACGAAUCUGGUGGGAGGACUCAAAGAAGAAGAACCAAUGCUUUAAUUAUUCGCAUGUGCAGGUACUGUUGUGUGACAAAACUCUUCCUGGGGAGACAAAUGCUUGUCUAACUCACCCCAGAUACGCAGCCCACGACAGACCAAAGUACGGACGUUACCAAAGUCAAUGAGUUUUACUGGGGUCACUUACAGGAAUAUGGGUGAAGGGCUACAGGAGCAGAAAUGACUCAAAGACAGCUGCAUCACCAAAGCCCACCCCAGCAUGGGUGACAGCUCAGAAAAGCUGGGAACCUGGAGCUCACUGCACAGCCUGCAGGUAGCUCAGCAGGUUGGAGAGCAUCCUCUAGGGGUCCUCAGUUGGUCUCUUCCAGGCAGUCUGGCUGGUGUCUGCUUCUUGCAGGAGGCAGUUGGUGUGGUCUCAAAGGUUUUUGUUUGUUUGUUUGUUUUCCUUCUUCUCUGAGAAUCUUCUUUGCAGCUCAGCUUCGCUUCCUCUGAGGGGGCCUCUCAGCUUUUAUUGUUUAUUCUGGCAGGGAGGGUCUUAGUGAAUAUGGUCAGUUUCAGGGAGUUCUUGAAUUUUUUUUUUUUUUAGUUAUGUAUUUCCUUGGGUAAGGGGUUCCCCUGCAGGAUGGAAUGUUGUUUGAUCUCAUGGAGGUCAGAGGAGGUAGGUUUUCUGGAGUUGGAGCUGAAGGUGCUUGUGAGUCAGUUGGUGUGCUUGCUGGGAAUUGAACUCUGGACCCUAGAAGAGCAUUGUAUGCUCUUGACCACCAAACCAUCUCCAGCCCCUUGAAAGGAACUUUCUAAUACAGAGGUGGUCUGGCGUCAGUCAGACUUCAUAUAUGCCCUGCUGCCUGCCUGGUUGUCAUGUAAAUACCUCCAUAUACUAAGCCUUGAAUUGGGCCAGUGUGAAGUUAAUAUAUUAAUAUGUCAUAUUAAUAUAGCUUAAUAUAUUAAGCAAGGUGGAUCAAAUAACUCACAAUAUCUGGUGAAAAUUAAAUGCUCAGUAAGAGUUGAUUUUGUAUUUGUUUAACUUUUUUUUUUUUUUUUUCCGAGAGUUUCUCUGUGUAGUUUUGGAGCCUGUCCUGGAACUUGCUCUGCAGACCAGGCUGGCCUCGAACUCACAUAGAUCUGCCUGCCCAGUGCUGGGAUUAAAGGUUCUUCUCCAUUAUCCUGGUUCCGGGGCCUGGAGGAGGAUGCUGUGGCUGCAGAACUCGGGCUGGACUUUCAGCGAUUCCUGACCUUGAACCGGACCUUGCUUGUGGCUGCCCGGUAAAAUGGCCGCGGCACAGUUGUGGGGCAGACAUGCAUGCUCCUGGGCAGACAUGGGACCUGCAUGGCCACUGCAGCAUCUUGCAGGGGACACAUGCAGGUGCACAAGCCAUGGGACACGGACAUGCUUGGACUCAGAGAACAAGGCGUGGAGGAAGGGGGAGGCUAGGGAGCAGGAAUUUGUGUGGCUUGGCCCUGAGCAGGUGAACAUGGGUAAGCAGGGGACUGAGGCGCUCAGGCAGGCAGGGUGCCUCGGCUCAGCUCUGACCCCUCCUUACCUACCCUUCAGGGAUCACGUUUUCUCCUUCGAUCUUCAAGCCCAAGAAGAAGGGGAGGGGCUGGUGCCCAACAAGUUUCUGACAUGGAGGAGCCAGGACGUGGAGAACUGUGCUGUUCGGGGAAAGCUCACGGACGAAUGCUACAACUACAUCCGUGUUCUUGUUCCCUGGGACUCACAGAGGCUCCUUGCCUGUGGAACAAACUCAUUCAGCCCCAUGUGCCGCAGCUAUGGGAUAACUUCGCUGCAACAGGAAGGUGAGGAGCUGAGUGGACAAGCUCGAUGCCCCUUUGAUGCCACCCAGUCAAAUGUGGCCAUCUUUGCAGAGGGCAGUUUGUACUCGGCCACAGCAGCAGAUUUCCAGGCCAGUGAUGCUGUAGUUUACAGAAGCCUUGGAUCGCAGCCCCCACUCCGUUCUGCCAAGUAUGACUCCAAGUGGUUGCGAGAGCCACACUUUGUCUAUGCUUUGGAGCACAGAGACCACGUCUACUUCUUCUUCCGAGAGGUCGCUGUAGAGGAUUCCCGGCUGGGGAGGGUGCAGUUUUCUCGGGUAGCCAGGGUGUGUAAACGCGACAUGGGCGGCUCACCUAGGGCCUUGGACCGCCACUGGACUUCCUUCCUUAAGCUGAGGCUCAACUGCUCUGUCCCUGGGGACUCUACCUUCUACUUUGACGUCUUACAGGCCUUAACGGGGCCUGUGAACCUGCAUGGCCGCUCUGCUCUCUUUGGGGUCUUCACUACUCAGACUAACAGCAUUCCUGGGUCUGCAGUCUGCGCCUUCUACUUGGAUGACAUUGAGCGUGGGUUUGAGGGCAAGUUCAAGGAGCAGAGGAGUCUGGAUGGGGCCUGGACUCCUGUUUCUGAGGACAGAGUCCCCUCACCCAGGCCAGGGUCCUGUGCAGGUGUGGGUGGAGCUGCCUCGUUCUCCUCCUCUCAAGACCUACCUGAUGCUGUCCUGCUCUUCAUCAAGGCUCACCCACUUCUGGAUCCCACUGUGCCACCUGCGACCCACCAGCCUCUCCUCACUCUCACCAGCAGGGCUCUGCUGACCCAGGUAGCUGUGGAUGGCAUGGCUGGGCCGCACAGAAAUACUACAGUCUUGUUUCUUGGCUCCAAUGAUGGGACAGUGCUGAAGGUGCUACCUCCAGGGGGACAGUCUCUGCGACCUGAGCCUAUCAUACUGGAAGAGAUUGAUGCCUAUAGCCCUGCCCGGUGCAGUGGGAAGCGCUCAGCCCAAGCCUCACGGCGGAUCAUAGGGCUGGAGCUGGACACCGAGGGUCACAGGCUCUUUGUGGCCUUUCCUGGAUGCAUCGUCUACCUCCCUCUCAGCCGCUGUGCCCGGCAUGGGGCAUGUCAGAGGAGCUGUCUGGCUUCUCAGGACCCAUACUGUGGGUGGCAUCGACUGAGAGGCUGUGUGAGCAUCAGGGGACCUGGUGGGACUGAUGUGGAUGUGACUGGGAACCAGGAAUCCACGGAGCACGGUGACUGCCAAGAUGGAGCUACUGGGAGUCAGUCUGGCCCUGGGGAUUCUGCUUAUGGCGUGCGCAGGGACCUUUCCCCAGCUUCAGCCUCCCGCUCCAUCCCCAUCCCACUCCUCCUGGCCAGCGUGGCGGCGGCCUUCGCCCUGGGCGCCUCAGUCUCCGGCUUCUUGGUGUCCUGUGCUUGUCGCCGAACGCGUCGCCGUCGGAGCAAGGAUGUCGAGAGCCCGGGGCUGCCGCGCCCCCUCUCCCUCCGCAGUCUGGCCCGGCUGCACGGUGGCGGUCCUGAGCCCCCGCCUCCGCCCAAGGAUGGAGAUGCUGCGCAAACGCCCCAGCUCUACACCACCUUCCUACCUCCGCCCGACGGCGGACCCCCACCGGACCUCGCCUGCCUGCCCACCCCCGAGUCCACGCCCGAGCUGCCGGUGAAGCACCUCCGUGCCUCCGGGGGGCCCUGGGAGUGGAACCAGAACGGGAACAACGCGUCGGAGGGCCCCGGCCGCCCGGCGGGCUGCAGUGCGGCGGGCGGGCCCGCGCCGCGGGUGCUGGUGCGGCCGCCCCCGCCGGGCUGCCCUGGGCAGGCGGUGGAGGUGACCACGCUGGAGGAACUGCUGCGCUACCUGCACGGCCCGCAGCCGCCCAGGAAGGGCGCCGAACCGCUCGCCCCGGCCGCCUUCAGCUCGCGGCCGCCCGCCCCGGCCCCCAGCCCGCUGCCGCGGGACUGCGUGCCGCCGCUCAGGCUCGACGUGCCCCCCGAGGGCAAGCGCGCGGCUCCCGGCGGGCGGCCCGCCCUCUCGGCCCCGGCGCCGCGCCUGGGCGUCGGCCGCAGGUUGCCCUUCCCCACGCACCGCGCGCCCCCGGCGCUGCUCACGCGGGUGCCCUCGGGGGGCCCGGCUAGGUACUCCGGGGGGCCCGGGAGGCACCUCCUGUACCUGGGCCGGCCCGACGGCUACCGCGGCCGCUCCCUGAAGAGGGCGGACGCGAAGUCCCCGCUGACCCCCAAGCCACCCCUCGCCGCCUCGACGCCGCCCGCGCCGCACGGCGGCCAUUUUAACUUCUGAC